AUGGCAGCGACCGGCAAUGACGCAAAGUUCUUUACGCGAGGAAAGAUUCAAGAGUUCAAGGCGGAACUUCAGGAUGCCGCUCGUGGAAAGGACAAGAAGUUUGCCAAACGCAAGACGGUCCUCAAAAAGAUUGUCGCGAAUAUCACGAUGGGAAACGAUAUGUCCCAGAUGUUUCCAGAGGUCAUCCAAUGUCUGCCAAUUCCCAUGCUGGAGAUUAAGAAGAUGGUCUACCUCUUCCUCGUAAGCUAUGGACGAGCCCGACCAGACCUCAUCGAAAGAGCCAUCCCCCACUUUCAAGCCGACUGCGAAGAUCGAAACCCGCUCAUCCGGGCCCUCGCCGUUCGCACAAUGGCCUACAUCCCCUUACCCUCAGUAGCGACCGCGCUCAUCGAACCACUCCGACAUUCGCUCAAAGACGGAGACCCGUACGUGCGCAAAACGGCCGCUAUAUGCGUCGCCAAACUAUACCUGAUGGAUCACCGAAUCGUCGAACGUGAAAAGUUUAUCGACCAGCUCAAGGAAUUGCUCAAAGACGUCAAUUCGACUGUCGUUUCCAAUGCCGUCGCUGCGUUGACCGAGAUUGCGGAGCGUAGCGAUAAUAUCGUCCUCAAGUUUUCGUACUCUAUGGCCACAAAGUUGGUCGCGGCGCUGGAAAAUUGCUCAGAAUGGGGUCAGAUUUAUAUUCUCGACUCACUCCUCAACUAUGUUCCUCAGUCGGCUGACGAGGCCAAUACGUUGACUGAGCGCAUCGUAUCUCGAUUACAGCAUUCUAAUUCCGCCGUCGUGCUCACCGUCAUCAAGAUUCUUCUCUACCUCAUGAACUAUAUCGAAAGCAAACAGAGCAUUGAAUAUCUGUGCAAGAAGAUGGGUCCUCCUCUUGUCACCCUCCUCUCUUCUGGACCCGAAGUGCAAUAUGUCGCAUUGCGGAAUAUCCUCCUCAUCAUCCAACGUCGACCUUCUGUCCUCAAAGACGACGUCAAAGUCUUCUUUUGUAAAUACAACGACCCCAUCUACGUCAAACUCGCCAAGCUCGAGAUUAUCUAUCGUCUCGCCACAGAGGCCAAUGCAAAGGUUGUAUUGGCCGAACUACACGAGUAUGCGACAGAGGUCGAUAUCGAUUUUACACGCAAAGCAGUUCGCUCAAUAGGUCGUCUCGCCAUCAAGAUUUCGACUGCAGGCGAUCCGUGUAUCAAAGUACUUCUUGAGCUCAUCGACUCGAAAGUGUCCUACGUGCUCCAAGAAGCCGUGGUGGUCAUCAAGGAUAUCCUCCGGAGAUAUCCUGACAAGUAUCUGCACGUCAUCCCGCUGCUUUGCGAGCACAUUAAUCUGCUGGAUGAGCCAGAGGCAAAGGCGGCCAUUGUCUGGAUCAUUGGCCAGUAUGCGGAUAGAAUCGAGAAUGCAGACGAGCUCAUGGACAACUUGACGUAUACGUUCCUCGAAGAGGCGACAGAGGUUCAAUUGGCUCUCCUGACAGCCUGUGUCAAAUUGUUCAUCCAGAAACCUCAACAAGGCCAAAAGCUAUUGCCCAAAAUCCUCAAAUGGGCGACGGAAGAAGUCGACAAUCCAGAUCUUCGUGACCGUGGGUUCAUGUACUGGCGAUUAUUGUCAACAGACGCAACGGCCGCGCGAACAAUUGUGCUUGGUGAUCGUCCGCCCGUCAACACGGAUACAGAUCGCAUGGAACUUGGUGCGUUGGAUCAGCUGUUGCUUCACACGGCAACAUUGGGUUCGAUAUACCACAAGACGCCAGAUACGUUUAUUCGCUUCGCGAAACCAAAGUCGCUUCCAGACAGUCCUGCGUUGAACCCUGCUUCGAAGCGUGCACUGAUCUCACCGACAGCCGUUGGACCACCUAAACCAGUAUCGACCGCACAUCUCGUUCCGCCAAUACCGCAAUCGCUGAGGACGAUGCAAGAUGAAGCACGCACGACGCCACAAACAUCAAGCCCCGUCUCCCUCCAAGGUCCACCAGGAGUCGCAGAACAACCAAUCACAUCCCCUGUCUCACCGAGUGCCGCCAGUCUACAGACACCAUCAAGACAAGGCACGACCGACUCGGAUCAGCUCCAGCAACAACGACCAAUACCGCCCCCCAAGCCCGACGAUCCGUACGCGAAUCUGGAUAGUGUGUUUGGAAACUAUGUCGCGGAUCAGCCGCGGCCUGUGGGGGGUCGACCUGGAGAGUUUGACGAUUUGCUCUUGUGA